AUGUCUGCACCCCACGACCAGAACCGUCAUCCCCGCCGCCGUCCUCUUAAGGGCUCCGCCUCCCCUCUCAGCACCCAUGGCAUGCAGCUCCGGAAGAGCGGUACUUUCUCGUCGCCAACCCACAUAUCGUCCGACAUCUGCGACGUCGACAAAUACUUCAUGCCCCGCCGCUCACCGACCAGCACUGAGCGACUAGAGGAGCUAGUCAACGACUCCAUCCAAGACCCUAGCGUGCGUCGCGUCACCAACCUGCUCAAGGACUUCGAGGCGAGGGUCGCUGGCCAUAAGAGCGCUGCUGCCGGCUCUGACCUUCUCAACGACCCGGAGGUUCUUCCUGUCCCGAGCUUUGUCCUCGACAGCACCUCAUUGGAUCACACCCCAAUGGACAUUGACCCAAAGCCUACUGCAGCUCAACGCAGCCCCCACGACCACGCUUCUGACAGCGGUCUGGGUUCGAGCAUCAGUGGAUCGAAAUACGACGAGAUUCGCACUCAGCGCUCCAGCGUUCGUGAAUCCAUCAGCACCUCAAUCAGCUCAACACACUCGGCUGUCACCAGGUCCUUUUCCGCACUCGGUUCUCCAGAGGAGGAUCACGUGCUUGGUGAGCACACGUGCAAGCAGAUCCACGACUUCAUUGUCAAGCCCAUCCUCGCCGAGGAGUCCCUCAAAGACUUUCACUCGCUUGUCAAGGACGUUCCCCGACGCAUAGGUGAGAAGAACAUCCGAAACCUCCGUGAUCUCGAGAAGACCCUCAUAUUCCUCGCACCGGUAAGUGGAACCACCCGUUGUCUUUCUCAAAGUGCAGUAGCUUAUUGCAUUUUUCGUGGUUUAAAGGAGCUGUCGGCUACCCCGGACUCGUACACUCGUUUUUGCGAACGAUCAAUCCAACUCUUGGCUACGACCGUCCAGUACAUCUCCGAACAAGACCAGCGACUACCAACCGACCGCCCUUAUACUGACGGCUACUUCCUCGAUUUGAUGGAACAGAUUAGACGAUACGCUUCAAUCAUGGCUGCUACAAGAGAAAAAGAAUCCAAGGGCGAGGACCUAGACGACAUGGAUUACUCACGCGAUGAGAAGAUCACCCUUCGUGGUGGCAUCAGCCACAACGGCCGUCCUGUCGAGCUAGUCCGUGAGAAGAACGGCAAAGUCAUGCCCAUCUCGGAAGAUGCCUCAAAAGCCUUCAGGAUCAAGCGCCGUCUCUCGGACGCCUCCGAGGACAGCAUGGACGAGGAUGAAGUCACCCGCUCCAUGGCGCGCCGCCGUAAGUCCGAGAAGCCAGGAGAUGUAAUGCACAUUUGCCGUGACUGCAAGAAGGAGUUCAAGCGACCAUGCGAUCUGACCAAGCACGAGAAGACCCACUCUCGCCCGUGGAAGUGCUCUGAGAAGAACUGCAAGUACUUCGAUCUUGGCUGGCCAACUGAGAAGGAACGUGACAGGCAUAUGAACGACAAGCACUCUGCUGCUCCUGCCCAGUACAAGUGUCUCUACCCACCAUGCUCGUACGCCUCAAAGCGUGAGUCCAACUGCAAGCAGCACAUGGAGAAGGCUCAUGGCUGGGAGUACGUUCGUUCCAAGAGCAACGGUCGCAAGAAGGGUCCUACUGGCAGCGAGAACAGCCCCACUACCCCUCUUACUCCUUUCAUUGGCACACCAAUGUCAGCGACCAUGACUACACCCAUCACACCGUUCAUCCCAUCGCCACAAGUGCCCAUGAUCGACAACUUUGACUUCUACGGCGUUAACACGCCAGCUUUGAGCCACCAGGGUUUUCAGGAUGACUUCCGCCGUGACUCGAUCACAACCGACGGCUCCCUCUUCACCUACUCAUCUGGACGUUCGCCCGUUGAGCCCACAUCCUUUGUUGAUGCUGUGACCCCAGAAGAUACUCACAUCAACCACAACGACAUCUACAACGCCUGUGACCUGAACGCAAAUUUCAACACGGGUUUCCAGCAGCCAACCCCAAUGAGCACGGCGUUUGACUACGCGCCAUUGCCAUUCACAACCAGCAGCACGAUGAAUGGGCUCCCACACCUAUCACCGUUGGCUCAGCCUGACGUUACUCUCUUCUCACCACACAUGGAUGAGGGUUUCAGUGGUGACAUGGACAUGACCAUGCAGGGCUUCAGUCGCCCCACUGAGGACUUCACGUUGUUCGAUACCGCGCCGCCUAGCCAGAUGGCGUUCAACAACACGUCCAAUUUCUUCCCCGAUUUCAACCAGCUUGGGGGGCAAUUCGACAACUUGUACGCCGAGCCCACCACUACGUUGGAUGAUUUGACCUUUAUGGGCUAUGGAAACCCGCAGUAA